CUUGGGGCCUGUUGGUGACUGGUUCACUUGGGAGAAGCUCGAGAGGUCUAUCCCGGGAGUGGUGGAAGGUUGCUCCGUGUCACAUUAGCACAAAGCCAGCAAUCCGAACCUUUUACCUCAACAUGGUGCUCUUUGGCGAUCAUGGACUCCUUCUACGGCACCUAUACGCCGAUCACUAUCGACAUCCUCCGUAUCCUCCUUAUGGUUUGGACCUUCCGGUCCGAAUGGAAACCAGUACCCCGUUCACUCCGAGUUCAAAAAGGCAUUAAUGAACUCGACAUUGGAAGGGUCAAAGACCAAAUCUGAAGCGAAUAUCCUUCUCCGCAACACACCAAGCUACGCGCUUGGGAGCUUGAUUCGACGCAUGAUCAUCUUCAUUCUCGGUAUCGGUGUCGCUUGGGCAGUCGCCGAUACAUUGUCGUUCUUUGGAUAUGGUGAUAUGGUCAAAGUCAUGCAAGCUCAUUUCACGAUCUCUCGAGAAAACUUACAAGAAGGAAGAGUGUGGACAAUCUUCACUUCCAUCGUAUCUCAUCGAGAUACUAUGUCACUCCUGGCCAACUGUCUAGGCCUGCUCGGUAUAUCGUUCCUUCUUGCUGAGACAAUACCACUCCACUGGACCUCUAGAAAUGCCGUCUCUGUAUUCCUGGGCCUGGGGAUCGGCGCGCUCGCAGCUUCAGCGGCGGUUCUCUACCUUGCUCCUGUGCCUCGUGAUGGACCCAAAGGGAGAACGAAGACAUAUCAAGGUGCUUCCGGAUUCAUCUGCUCCGUUUUCGGUAGGUUCCAUUGAAGGCGUUAUGACGAUGCAAGCACAGUUGAUCGGCGGAUCUCAGCUGGUAUUGCCAACUUUGGCUCGCACAGAGGAAUAGCUCGACCACCGGGGCGGCUAGGUCAGCUCAUCGGACUCCGCGUCCCGCUCAGGAGAUCCGUUCUCGCGUUGAGGCUGCUUGUUCUUUACGAAGCAUGGCAGCUUGUCAAGAGCUCAAAGGACAACAGAAUCAAGCAUAUCGGCCGGUUUGGCGGGCUGGCAUUUG